GUCGUGGAAGGAUUUGAUCGCUCUAAACCUUUAGUUUAUAAUUUUGGGCAUAUCUCACCAGGUGAAAAUCUGCCUCUUUAUGAUUUACUGGUAAAAGAACUGGCUGAUUCUGUCACUCUUCGAUGUGCUACUCAUCCAGAGGCUAAUUUGGGUGGUCUUGUAAUCAACACAUGUGGUUGGGUUACGGGAGAAGGCUAUGCAUGCAUCGUUGCUGCUGCGGAAGCUUUUGAAGUUGAUGUCGUGAUCGUUCUUGAUCAUGAGCGGUUAUACAACGAGUUGCAGCGCGAUUUGCCUACCUAUGCAUGCAUCGUUGCUGCUGCAGAAGCUUUUGAAGUUGAUGUUGUGAUCGUUCUUGAUCAUGAGCGGUUAUACAACGAGUUGCAGCGCGAUUUGCCUACGUUUGUGAAGAUCUUACAUCAGCCGAAGUCAGGUGGUGUUGAAACGCGAACCCGUCAAUGUAGAAUUGCAGCACGAAGCGCGUCAAUACAUAGGUAUUUCUACGGCGUCCACUCCAACCCAUAUUUUCCCUUCACGUUUGAACUAAACUUUAGUGAUGUGAUAUUUUGCAAGAUUGGCACGGAAAAGUUGCCUGAAUCUUGCCUUCCUUUUGGAUCUAAAGUUGAAGAUCACCAGACAAAAGUUGUUACCAUCAAUCCGUCUGCUGAUAUGGCUCAUAGAAUGUUCGCUGUAACACCAUGUCCUACGGUAUCGCAAGCAGUUCUCAAAGCUAGUGUUCUAGGAUUUGUUGUGAUAACUGAAGUAAGUAGACAACCAAGUUUCUUUAUCCUUUUGUUUUCAAUAUUUUAA